UGAGAAUCGAUUUUGAAUCCUAACCCUGGCCAUCUGCGUUAUUUACCUCAUUGAUAACUAAAUACUUUUUUUUUUUAAACACGUGUAGUAUUCAUAAAGUAUACCGACGAUUCUCCGUACUCUUUAAAUAGCAAAUUAUUUAAAAAUUGUAACUAAGUACCCGGCACAAUGAAGAUAAAAAAGAAGCAAAAUAAAAUUACUACGAAUGCAGAAACUCUCGUGCAGCCAAGUGACAAAGAAGUUUCACAACCGGCAAAAAAAAUUAAAAUGAAGAAACAAACUGAUGAUUCUAGUGGAUUAUCUUCGAUCAAGAAGAAUAAAAAUAAAAAGAAGAAAAAAAAUAAGAAUUCAUCUAAGAUUCAAAAAGAUAAAAUCGAUCCACAGACGAAUGGAGUUUCACUAAUCGAAAGUGUAGAUCUCGAUGUAUCGGAAGACGUUAUGCCGAAAGAAAAGAAGAGAAGUGCCGAGAGCUUAGAAAAUUCUGUAGAUAAAAUAGAGAAAACCGCGAAAAAAAUUAAGCUGGAUAAUAAAAUCGAUAAAUCGAAUGAGGUUCCGUCGAGUUCACAAAAUAAAAAAAUAGCAAAAAGCGAAACAGAACCAAAAAAUAUAUCUUUCAGUGUAGAAGAAUUAGAAGAAAAAAUUAAAGCGAUUUCUAGUAGAGAAAAUAUUUCGAAAACCGCGAAAAGAAAUUUGGCUGCAUUGAAAAAAAAGUUGAAAGUAAAACAAGAAUUUCUUGCAUCGUCACCAUCAGUUACGUCAACCGUCAGUGUAACAGAAAAAUUAAAUACUGAAAAAAAUCCGCAGGAAACUUGCGAUGAUAAAGAAAAAGAUUUGGAAGAAAGUGAAACUCAGAAUCUAGAAGUUGAAAAAAAAUUGAUGGCCGAUAAACGAAAAGAAAAAAAUCGCGUCAAUAAAAAAUCGAAGAAUUUAAAUAAUGAUGGAAAGAACACGAAAGAAGAAAGUGAUUUUGAUGAUGAUAAUGAUGGCAGUAGUAAUAAAAAGCAAAAAAAACUAGAUAAUUUCAAUACUUCAAGUGAUUCCAAAGAUUUUGAUGAAGAAGAGACAGAAGAUACGAAUGAGAAACAAAAAGUGAGUAAAAAAAAAAAAAAUGAAACCCGAACAUCGAAUUUUGUGAAGAAGGAAAUGGAUGAAAUUAAAAAAUUAGGGCAUGAAAAAGACGGAACAGAAGGAAAUGAAUUAAACAGCAGCAUUCAGAAAAAAGAAAAUGCAAAGGAGACUAAAAAAAAAACGCGAUACGUUCUUUUUGUUGGAAAUAUUCCUUAUUCAACAUGCGUUGAUGAUGUUAAAAAUCACUUUCUUACUAAAGUUAGUAAAGUUAUAAGUGUGAGGAUUCCUACUGCUAAACAAACACAUAGUCCUCGGGGAAUAGCUUACGUAGAAUUUAGUGAUAGCACUGAUUAUGAGAAAGGAUUGUCGUUACAUCACUCUAUUUUAAAUGGCCGAAGAAUAAAUGUUCAGUACACUCAGAGUGGUUCUAAAAAUGCUGGAAAAAAAUCGGAAAUAGUAUCGAAAAAUAAAAAGUUACAUGCUCUUCGCAGACAAGGAAAACUGGCUGGUAGUGUUAAACAUUCACAGAAACGUAACAAGAAAAAUUUUAAAAAAAGCCAGACAACUUAAUGCAAAAUUAAAUUUCUAUUGAUAAAAUAAUUUUAAAAAAAACUUGUUAUCAUCGAAGAAUCUACACAGUAAAAAAUAUUGUGUUAAAAUCAACAUAAUUUGUGUGUUAAAAACGGUCCACACAAUACUUGUGUUAUUCUUUAACACAGACUAUUUUUGUUAAAUUUCGACACUAAAUUUAUGUUAGAUUUCGAAAUAAAAUUCGGAUAUGAAGAGAAGUCAAUUUAGUACUUUUUAAAUUUCAGUGGAGACACGAAAAAAUGUUGAUUCUUACAUUUUAUUUUUGUACCACAGACAUUAAUUAAAUAUAAUUUAUACAUUAUUUUGAGGUUUUCAAAAGUGAUAAUUACUAUUUAAUACUUUAAUAUUUUUUAUAGUAAAUAAUGUUUUGAUGUCAAAAUUAAAAAAGAAAAUAACGUAAUAUUUUGUACCAGUUGUAAAUCAAUUGAUUUCUUUUACAAAAACAAAAACACAUUUUCAUUUAGCGAACAAAACAAUUUUUACACGGAGAAAAAAAUAUAGUAAAAAUUACAAUAUUGCAGUAAAAUUUACUGGUUAGCAGUUAUAACAUAAGAAGAUAUUGAAAAUUAUUAUACCUAAUGUAUUUUUUGCUAACACGAUUAUAUUUUUUUACUAUCUGUAAUCUUUAUAUUAGUCGAUUCAAAUUGUUUUAAAUCAUUUCAAAUUGUUUCGAAUCAUUUUAAAUUAUUUUUCUUAACCACACUGAUAAAAAAUUUAGAUUGAUUUCUGAAGAGAACCGAUAAUCUUGCUUCAAGAAAUUCUUGUCUUGAUUUAGAUUUUCUUGGCUCUAAAGACUUUAUGUCUUCGAUAGAUAACUCUCGUGUUUUGACCCGAAACUAUAUUAUCUUUAAUCGAUACUAUUGAAUUCUUCAAGCAAGACCACUUGUCUUCGACUAAAAAUAUCGUAUUAUUAUUUUAAGAACCAUGGAGACUAUUCUAGUCUCCAUGUUAAGAACUUUCAAUUUUUGGUUCAAGUAAUAAUUCCUUUAUGGAAGAUGUUUUUGAAGUAAUGAAAAUAAAAAAUUUUAUUUUAAUAAAUUUCUGCUCUCUAAACAUGAAUUAGUAGAAAUUUCAUUAAUUACGUGAGUGAAGCAGUAUUCACUUCGUAAUCAGUGUAUUUAAAUAACAAAUUAGUGAAUUCUCGCUAAUAAAUUUAGUACUAUAAUUUUCACUAGCAGAUUAGUGAUUUUCACUACUGAACUAGCGAUAUUUUCAUAAUUUCUACAAGUAAAACUGUUAUUCACUUCUUAAUUCAUGAAUUUCACAAUUUUACUAGUAACUUUAACUAGCAAAUAAUUC